AUGGUGAAUGCCAAAUAUGUCGCCUUUACAGUCAACAAGCAGACUCCAUUCCUGCAGACACCGGAUCAAGCCUACGCAACCGUGAUCAACUGUCGGCGCCCCGGCGGGAAGCGUGCGGGGCUGGCGCAAGAGGUACGGUCUCACAAUGUGCCCUUGGCAAUGGUCGAAGGCAGUUUGAAGCGCAAGCGGGGCGACGAGGGCAGAAAGGACUCUGAGCAGGCGGCAAACCCUGCUGUCUACUCGGGAAACGAUGCGACGACUCCACUCGUUGCGGCACCGGCCCGCCAGCUGCUAAAUCAACAGUGGCAGCAGCGCAAGCCGACGAGAUUACGGAGGGGCAAGAUCUUGUCCAAAGGCGUCGACUUGGACUGUUGGUUCAUCAUACUUUCGUAUUCGGACCCUGCGCAACUGCUGGAGAUGCGUAGCAAGAUUGCCUCAUGCUAUCGGUUUUUGCGGGAUAACCCCAUGCUCUGGAAGCAUAGCAGGGAUUACUACUACGGAAACGACAUGCCGGACCCACCUCCAGGUCUCACCGAGUUCCAGUUCGCCCAUCUGCGUCAUGGGCAUGGCUGUAUGGACUGCGGUGCGCCAAACACUCGCAAGACGUUCUGGGCCUUUCUGCGUCGCAUGUGCAAAGACUGUCUCAACAACCAGGUUGUCAAGGAAUACGAUGCAAUUGCCCAGCUGCGGGGCCUAAACGGCGAAGACGUUUCUUACAUCCGUGCUGCUCUGCCCAGUGGUAUCUUCGAUUCUUGGGGCAACUUUGUCGGCGUGGGGCCCGCGAGUACGCAUGCGUUGAAGACCAUCUACCUGCGGUCAGAUGUACAGAAGCUCGUUGCCGAGUUCCACAGGGAGUCAAGAGAGAAGACUCCCAACACAGAAGAGACUGCCGCAUGGUGGACUGAAUGGCUGGCUGCAAAGGCCAAGCAGGUAGAAGAGCGCCAGAUGUUUGCAAAGAAAAUGGAGCAAUGGGAAGAGAUGCAGCGAACAGCUAGGACCUCCGACUAUAACGCAAAGAAGUCACGGCGCAAGAACUUUUUCAAAGAAAAGGCGUCGCAACUGACUCCGCCCAUCAGCGUCAAAGAGCUAGAAGCCUGCCCGGCCUACAAGCGUGCCAUCACCAUUCCUAAAGAUCCCAAUAACACGUCCUGGGAUCUCCUCAAGCCCAAAAUCGUCAAGGAAGCAGCCGAGAACGCAGCCAAGAGGAAUAUGGAAGAGUCGCGACCACCAACAGCAUCCAACUCUGGCAUUUCCACACCUACCAGCAGCCUAGACGGUUACCCACACCCGCAUCCCUAUCUCGGUAUGAUCAUGGGUAUGCCUCCGCACAACGGUCAUCUGUAUUGA